CUACAUUUCCUUUAAUUAUUAAUAACUUCAUAUGUGAUUUACAGCUUGGUAACACAAAACAAAAGUGUGAUUACACACAACUUAUUUCAAAGUGGACUCAACUGAAUUCAAUCCAAUCUCUAGGGUUUAUUAAUCGAUCCUCUCUUUCGAACUAAAGGUGCUAAAUUGUUCAUAUAUAGUAGGAUUAUUGAAAUGAGUGUGGUAGGUUUUGAUAUUGGCAAUGAGAAUUGUGUGAUUGGUUAUGCUAAGCAUCGCGGAAUUGAUGUUUUGCUUAAUGAGGAGUCGAAUAGGGAGACACCGGGUGUUGUGUCGUUUGGUGAGAAGCAAAGGUUCAUAGGGUUGGCGGGAGCUGCUUCCGCUACGAUGAACCCUAAAUCGACUAUUUCUCAGGUUAAGAGGUUGGUUGGGGUGAGGUUUAAGGAGGUUGAGGAGGAAUUAGGUUUGUUGCCGUUUGAGACUAGUGAGGGGGGUGAUGGCGGGGUUUUGAUUCACGUGAGGUAUAUGGGUGAGAGAUGGAUUUUUACGCCUGUUCAGAUAAUGGCGAUGUUGUUUGCACAUUUGAAGCAGAUGGCGGAGAAGAGUCUUGAGAUGCGUGUGGAGGAAUGUGUUAUUGGGAUUCCGUCGUAUUUUACAGACUUGCAGAGACGGGCGUAUUUGGAUGCGGCGGAGAUUGCGGGAUUGCAUCCGUUGAGGUUGAUGCAUGACUGUACAGCUACUGCUUUAGGGUAUGGGAUUUAUAGGACUGAGUAUCCUAGCCAGGGACCGAGUAAUGUUGUGUUUGUUGAUAUUGGUCACUGUGACACACAGGUUACUGUUGCCGCAUUUGAAUCUGGAUAUAUGAAGAUAUUGUCUCACUCGUAUGAUAAAAAUUUGGGAGGGCGAAAUUUUGAUGACGUUUUGUUCAAAUAUUUUGCGAUGCAGUUCAAAGAGGGUUAUGAUAUAGAUGUUUAUUCAAAUACUAGGGCCUCUGUAAGGCUGAGGGUAGCAUGCGAAAAACUAAAGAAGGUAUUGAGUGCAAAUCCAGAAGCACCCCUUAAUAUUGAAUGCCUGAUGGAUGAGAAAGAUGUCAAGGGAUUCAUCAAGAGAGAGGAUUUCGAAAAGCUUUCUUCAGACUUGUUUGAAAGGAUUAGCAUUCCCUGUCGUCAGGCUUUGGUUGACUCUGGUCUGACUGUGGAUAAGAUUCAUUCUGUGGAGCUUGUUGGGUCUGGAUCUAGAAUACCAGCUGUUAAACAUAUUUUAGCUUCUAUAUUCAGGACAGAACCCAGACGGAGUCUGAAUGCAAGUGAGUGUGUGGCUCGUGGCUGUGCCCUUCAGUGUGCAAUGCUUAGUCCGGUACUCCGUGUUAAAGAGUAUGAGGUGCAGGACAUCUUUCCAUUUUCUAUAGGUCUUUCAACAGAUGAAGGUCCAAUCAACACUGUAUCAAGAAGUUUGUUGUUCCCAAAAGGCCAUCUAUUUCCAAGUGUAAAGAUCAUUACGCUGCAUAGAAGUAAUACAUUCCACCUGGAAGCCUUUUACGCUGGUCAAAAUGAAUUACCUUCUGGUAUAUCACCUAAAAUCAGCAAUGUUACUAUUGGUCCACUUGAAGUGAAUGAUGCAGAAAGAGCUAAGGUUAAAGUCAAAGUUCAGCUAAACCUUCAUGGCAUUGUUAAUAUUGAGUCGGCCACUCUUAUAGAAAAUUGCGGGGACACUUUUACUGCUAAGGCCAAGGCUCAUUCGACUGUGGAACACAUAGAGGAUGACAAUCAUGUUUCCUCUGAUGUGGCAAAUGGUGCAAAUGAUUCUAACAGCGCAGAGUCCAACCCCUCAAGAAAGCACACUGCUGAUACGAGGAAGAGACAAAUUGGUAGGCAGGAUAUACCAGUUAGUGAGAGUGUCAAUUGUGGAAUGACGAGGGCUGAACUCUCAGAAGCUCAAGAGAAGGAACUCCUGUUGACUCAGCAAGACAUAAAGAUGGAGCAAACUCAGGAAAAGAAAAACUACCUUGAGUCUUACGUCUAUGAGACACGUACUAAGCUUUCUAAUACAUAUGGGAGCUUUGCCACUGAAUCUGAGAGAGAAGGGAUCUCUAUGAUAUUACAACAGACCGAGGAUUGGCUUUACGAGGAUGGAGAUGAUGAAUCUGAAAGUGUCUAUACAGAGAAACUAGCAGAUCUAAGAAAGUUAGUAGAUCCUAUUGAAAGCCGAUAUAAAGAUGAAGAGGCCCGAGUUCAAGAGACAAGUAGGUUAUUAAAUUGCAUUGAAGACUACCAGAAGGUUGCAACAUCACUUUCCUCUAAUCAGAGAGAAGCGGUUGUGGCUGAAUGUAACAAGGCAAGACAAUGGUUGUUGGAUAGAAAACAGCAGCAGGAUUUGAUGCCUACAAAUGUUGAUCCAGUUUUAUGGUCAAGUGAAAUCAAGAAAAAAACAGAUACUCUUGAUGCGAUGUGCAAGCAUAUAAUGAGGUCAAAGGCUUCAGCUACAACACCGGAUGAUAUAAUGGAUGGGAACAAAGAGGAUGAUAACAUGUCAGUAGAUUAAUUGUACAUACAUUUAGAUAUGUGGCACGGCGCAAUUACCAGAAGUUACUUGAUUUAUUGGGCUACUAGUACUGGGCAAUGAUACAAAUGAUUAAAAAUGAUCUUUGGAUCAUCAAAGUAGCUUAGUACCCAAAUUACAGAGAGGACCACUUGGUUAUUAUACCUCUUUUUUUUUUCAGGUCACUUUUUCUUUUUUUGAAGUGAGGUCAUGUCAAAAAAUUUCUGUAAAACUUGCUUCUAAUAACUUGAUCCCCGUCAGCUUCAAUAGCAUCAUAAAACUGAGAAUCCAGAGCUCGUCUCGUAAAGAAUUUCUGUAAACAACACUACAUUUUCCGCCAGUGUUACUUUUUCGACUAAUGUUCAAAUGAUCAGUAACUUGUUGCAAA